AUGUGACUCAAUUUCACAUUUGCAAGGUGUACCUAAUAAAGUGACCAGUGAGUGCAUGUAUACACUAUAUUGCCAAAAGUAUUGGGACACCCCUCCAAAUAAUUGGAUUCAGGUGUUCCAAUCACCUCCCUCCAUGGCCACAAGUGUAUAAAAUCAGGCAUCUAAGUAUGCAGAUAGCUUCUACAAACAUUUGUGAAAGCAUGAGUAACUCUCAGGAGCUCAGUGAAUUCAAGCGUGGUCCCGUGAUAGGUUGCCACCUGUGCAAUAACUCCAUCUGUGACAUUUCCUGGCUACUAAAUAUUCCAUGCUCAACUGUUAGUGGUAUUAUAACAAAGUGGAAGCAACUGGGAACAACAGCAACUCAGCCACAAAGUGGUAGGCCACAUAGAAUGACAGAGCGGGGUCAGUGCAUGCUGAAGCACACAGUGAGCAGAAGUCACCAACUGUCUGCA